AUGCUCCGCGACGAGCUUCUCCGGUCUAAGAACGAUGAGAUCGCAAACUGUUUGUUGUCGCGCAAGCGAAAACUGACCGAAUUGUAUUAUGCGACCGUGGGUUUUGAGGGUGCGACCGCCGAUUCUCACUAUCAUCAAAAAGAACAGGCGUUUCUCGACGCCAACGACCUCUCCAAAGGUCGUUACUUUGAUGAAUCCACCUUACCGUCGCCUGCCCAUGCGCGCACUCGCGAUGCCACUAAAAAAGUGAUCGCAUCGCCGGCAACCACUGCGCCAAAAUCUCAACAGGCUCCUGGUAUCACUCCAUCACCGACAUUAGAUGGUAACGCUCUUUCAAUCCCGACCGACGCCAGUCCACGGAGAACACCUGCUGUUGCUCCGCUAGCAACCACAAAGCCUGUCGCAUCCAUUCAAAAGGAUUCAACAAGCUUCGAAGAGUCUCCUGUACCUGCCACUAGCCCACAGGCAUCCCUAGGACAGGGCAUCCCAAUAUCCACCGCGCCAUCUAAUCCCUCCGCUGAACAGUCAAGCGCAUCAGUACCAGAAACCCCCAUCAGUUCCCAAGGACGGAAUGGAACAGAGGGCAAGUUUUCUCCCGAUGCAGCGACGACUACCACCCCUUCACUGGAAAUUCCACCUACAAGUCUCUCCAAAAAGAAACCCGAGUCACGACCUUCUCUCACUAUAGGCCCGUCGAACCAAGACCAACCACUCUCCCCCGCCUCCUCCAUUGAUCCAUAUUCUAAUAAUACCCCCGCGCCUGUCACUGCUUCCCCCGUCACCAGCCCUGGAGAGGAAGCUGCAGAAGCUGGGAAGAGCGGCCACCCAAGUCCGCAACAUGAACGAUCGAUGCAACCCCGUCGAAGCUUGGUUCCAUCGACUCCCGAUGAGCAAUUACGAAUGGAGGAAGCACAGUCAAUGCAGACUACGGAAGAACCCAAGACUGAGGUACCUUCAUCGAAUAUGGUGAUUGUGGAGAGUGUGGGUCCAAAUGCCGAUAAGGAUGCCAUGGACGUCGAUCAGGAAUCUGUCCAAAGAACAGACCAGGCGAAACUCGAAGACCAAUCAACUAGGGCUGGAGCUGAAGAUCUGUCACCAACGGGUCACCCAUCUGAAGGAAUCGAGCCCGUUAAGGAUGCUGACGACCCAUCGGCAAGCAAAAAGCCACAAGUUAUCCCGUCAACGCAGCCUGGUCUUUCACAGCCCGAACGAAUGACAACUCGAGUGUCAUCAGGAGCUAUUCGGCACAAGUCUGUUUCAGAAAUCCUUGGAGAAACACCCCGAACUCCCCAUACUGUCAGCGAUCAUGACGCCCCUGAUAGUGUGGCCCGAAUGCGGUUCAAGGACCGCAAGGACCGGGAGAAGGAGAGGACUCGGCUUGCGACUGUGGUGUUCCCCAAUAUGACUCCGCAGCAGGAUAAGACCGAUUCGAUGGAUCUUGUGCAUGGAGACUCUGGUGAUGCCAUUGCCAAGCUGAAUCAGGAGCAAGACUAUCUUUUUACAUUGUUCUUGAAUCGGGCAUAUGCGCCUCCUAGGGGAAUGAAUAUGAGCACCCUUCUUGCAUCUGCCCAUAAAACUUUGAGCACCGAUAAUCAUUCGUUGGAAUACAAGGAGCAAAUGAAUUGCCGUACCUUGCGACGCAUAUACGCAUUGCAGAACGCCAACCGGUGGCCACUCCGACAAAUGAAGCGAGCUCCUGAACCUUCCCGACAGGGUACCCAUUGGGAUGUCGUCCUGGAUCAUAUGAAGUGGAUGCGAACAGAUUUUCGUGAAGAAAGAAAGUGGAAAAUUGCAGCCGCCAAAAGUUGUGCUGAUUGGUGCGCGGAGUACGUGAACAGUGAUGAGGAACACCGAAAUCUACUUCGAGUCAGCGCAAAGAUUCCGACGCAAACUGCUUUGGCAUCAGAUAUCUCAAAGACAGAGGGUGCUUCUCCGGAAGAUACGAGCGAUGAAGCUGCAGCAUUUCAUCCAACCCCAGACCUUGUACCAUCGGCCGAGGAAGAAUCAGUUAGUGAUGGCUUCAACGAAGAGUCUCGACAUGAUCUUCGAGAUACUGUUGCCCCUGCUGCUAUCUUUUCUCUUGGUUCAGACGAAUUCAACUUCUCCGUUGAUAUGACUCCGGCAGCAGAGAAGCUUCUUGAUGAAUUACCACUAUACGAACCGCUGCGAUUUACACCGGGCACUCAACUGCUUGCUUUCAAGCAACCGCCGGAUUCAGUCUGGAAAACCGAGCUUCUGCCUGUUUCUAAAUUUGCCUCGACGAAAAUCACCUUCCGCGACGGUGAACGGCCUCGCAAGCGAAGUCGCUACGACUAUUCUCAAUAUGGUUCCGAUUCGGAAUAUCGCAUUACCGAAAUUCCCCCAGAGCAGACAAAUGUUGCCUUAUUCAGGCCUGAGAACAAACCUAUUCGUGAUCGCAUUCACCCGGGCCACUCUUUCAGACCACCAACUGAACAUCCCAUGCCGUCUGUGGGUUUCUUUGAGUCUCGACAAUCUUCACAAUGGACUAUGUCCGAGGAUGAUGAACUCCGCCAUUUGGUCAAAGAAUAUUCUUACAAUUGGUCUCUAAUCUCUAGUUGUCUGACAUCGCCUUCAUUGUUCACUUCUGGCGCCGAGAGACGAACUCCUUGGGAAUGCUUCGAGCGCUGGGUAGGGUUGGAAGGCCUUCCAGCAGAUAUGUCAAAAACCCAGUACUUCCGAGCUUAUCACCAGAGACUUGAAACAGCCCAGCGUACUGUGCUGGCUCAACAGCAGGCUGCCCAGCAGCAACAGCAGGCGCAGCAGCAAGCCAACAAUGGUCAAGUGCAGCCACCUGUUCGUCGCCGGACCACUCAACCUCUACGUGUAGACAGGAGAAGGUCUUCACGACACCUUGCAUUGUUGGAUGGUAUGCGCAAGUUGGCUAAAAAGCGGGAGACAAUGAUUCAGAAGCAACAGCAUGCCUCUCAUCUCGCUUCGCUGAGAAAGGCGAAUGAAGCCAACCAGCCCAAGCCCCCGAUCACUACCCCCGCGGAAUUCAGCCGUCUUAAGUAUGAACGGGAAAUGAAAAUGCAAGAAAGACAGGAACAAUACAGACAGCAGAUGAUUGCCCAGCAAAGAGCCAGCCUUGCUGCUCAACGUGCUGGACAGUUGCCUAACCAGCAACAACCAGCAAUGAAUGCCCAAGCACGACCGCCGAAUAGUAUGCCGCCCAACACUGCCAAUACAGCCAUGCCUAAUGGAACGCCGAAUGGAGUUCCUGCUGGUAUGCCUCCUGGUGCCGGCGUUAAUCAAGCUCGGACCCAGCCGAUGCAGGGAAUGCCUGCUGGAGCGGCGCCAGUGAAUGGCCAAUUGCCUGCCAACGCGAUGGCCCUGAAAAUGAUGCCUCAGGGCCAAAUGCAACAACCCCCAAGCGCAAGGCCCGGUAUGGCGAUGCAGACAUCUCCGGACAAUACACGUGUCAUUCGAGAGGCCAAUCGUCUGCAGGAGCAGCAGCGUCUGUUGCAAUCUCGACAACAGACCCAAGUUCCUCAGCAGGGCCAGCCCCAGCAGGCACAACCACCAUUUCACAACCAGCAAUUUGCGCCUCAAGGGUCUCAUUCGCCCAACCUCAACAAUAUGCCGAACGUUAACGGUGGUCCCAAUAACCCUGCAAUGAUUGCAGCGCUGCAGGCCCAAGGGGGAAUGCAAAGUCCCUCAUUCCACAGUGGCACACCUCAAGGUGUUUCGACACCUUCUCCUCGCAUGGGUCAGCCCAACCCUCUCUCGAGUGGCGUUGUUCCAACCAUCAGCACUUUCCAAAGUCAGAUUCAACGCGCCAAUCCUAAUCUCUCUGCAGAGCAGAUAAACAAGAUGGCGACGGAUCGACUCAACCAGUACCAGCAGCAGCGCAUGUCCCAGCAGGCGGCCAUGAAUGCUGCUGCUGGAGGGAUGAACAAUGUCCAAGCCAACUACCAAGUGCCGCAUGAUGGAAACUUCCAGACUCCUCAGCAGCCGGGCAUGCCUAACGGCAACCCGGCCAUGCAGGUCCCUCAGAACCAAGGUUUCUCCCCGAUGAUGCGUGUUCCCCAAACAAACCAGCAGACUCGGGUUGCUCCUACUAGUUCACCUGCUAUGAAUGGAGCUGUUCCUCAGACCAGUCGAAGCGCUACGCCUCAGACUCAGCGCAGCGGCAGCGCACAGGCUGGCGCUGUGCAAGGCUCUAAUAAGAGCCCACACCCACCUCCAGCUCAGACAGCGAGCAGUUAA